CGACAGGUUCGGCACCGGCUACUUUAGCCUGGAUGGGAGAGCGAGAGCGAGGGCACCUGGGAGAAGCCUCGCCCAGCGGCGAUAGAUUAGUCAGGCCUCAGAAAGAUGGCGUCCUCAGAGCAGGCAGAGCAGCCGAGCCAGCCAAGCUCUACUCCAGGAAGUGAAAAUGUGAUGCCUCGAGAGCCACUGAUCGCCACAGCGGUGAAAUUUCUACAGAAUUCCCGGGUCCGCCAGAGCCCACUUUCGACCAGGAGAGCAUUCCUUAAGAAGAAAGGGCUGACGGAUGAAGAGAUCGAUUUGGCUUUCCAGCAGUCGGGCAUGGCUGCCGACGAGCCAUCGGCCUUGGGCCCGGCCACGCAGGUGGUUCCUGUCCAGCCCCCUCACCUCGUCUCUCAGCCAUACAGCCCCGUGGGUUCCCGAUGGAGAGAUUACAGUGCCUUGGCCGUCAUCAUGGCAGGAAUCGCAUUCGGAUUUCACCAGCUCUACAAGAAAUACCUGCUCCCCCUCAUCAUGGGCGGCCGAGAGGACAGGAAGCAACUGCAGAGGAUGGAGGCGAGUCUCUCGGAGCUGAGCGGCAGCGUGGCGCAGACAGUGGCUCAGUUACAGAUGACUUUAGCCUCUGUCCAGGAGCUGCUGAUUCAGCAGCAGCAGAAGGUCCAGGAGCUCACCCACGAACUGGUCACAGCCAAGGCCACCACAUCCACCAACUGGCUCCUGGAGUCCCAGAAUAUCAACGAACUCAAGUCGGAAAUUAACUCUUUGAAAGGGCUUCUUUUAAAUCGGAGGCAGUUCCCGCCAUCCCCAUCGGCCCCGAAGGUCCCCUCCUGGCAAAUCCCAGUCAAGUCGCCGUCACCCUCCAGCCCGGCCACCGUGAACCACCACAGCAGCAGUGACAUCUCACCCGUCAGCAACGAGUCCACGUCGUCCUCGCCCGUGAAGGAGGGCCACAGCCCCGAGGGCUCCACGGCCACGUACCACCUGCUGGGCCCCCAGGAGGAGGGCGAGGGGGUGGUGGACGUCAAGGGCCAGGUGAGGAUGGAGGUGCAGGGCGAGGAGGAGAUGCGGGAGGACGAGGAGGACGAGGAGGACGAGGACGUGAGCCGCGUGGACGAGGAGGACCGCCUGGGCGUGCAGAGGGAGGACCGCCGCGGCGGGGACGGCCAGAUCACCGAGCAGAGCCCGGGGCUUCAUCCUCGGUCCCGAGUGUCUGGCGAGGGCAACACCCCGCUCCAGGAGGAGAAGGGCCUCAGGGUGCUGUGUAUCGACCCGGAGUGGAACGUGGGACAGCGGCCCUGGCCUGCAGUGUCACGGCCGGGCACGGGGACGGAGGCCACGGUCACGUCGGGGCGCCUUGUGGAGACACAGAGCAGGGGUCGUGUGGCCACGGUGCAGGCUCUGCAGCGGGUGUGA